GCCGUAAGGAAGUGGUUUUGUUUCGGUGGCGGCUGCCCACAAUAGUAUGUGAGAAAUGAGGGCCGCUACAUAUUUAAAAAUCAGCUAGCUCUCUUAAAGGCGUUUUUCAUUUCAUAAACACUAUCUUAUUUUUAAUUUAUACUAUUUUUUUUAUAUCGCCUCAACUAAACGAAGGAUAGCUAGCUAGCUUGUUAGCUAGCUUUCCUAAUACAAGCAGUCAUGCCGUCCUACUCUGAACUGAGGAAAACCAACCACUUCUACUACUUCAUCAAAUUUACCUUAAAUAUCUACUCAAUGCUCUUCUCGCUGAUGGGUCUUUGUGUGCUGUGUGUGGGGGUGUAUGCCGAAGUGGAAAGGCAGAAGAAUCGAACCCUGGAGGGCCUUUUCCUGGCUCCUGCUGUUGUGCUCAUCCUGCUGGGCCUGGUGAUGUUUACAGUGUCGGUGGUGGGCAUGGUUGGAUCCCUCAGGGACAACAAGACCCUGCUGCACAUGUUCCUCUGUGUCCUCUGUGUGUUGCUGCUUCUCCAGGCAGUUGCACUCACCACUGCUCUCAUCUUUGAAAAGAAGACGUCUGCCUUGUUUCAGAGCAGUAUACGAGAAGGGAUUAAGCACUACUAUGAUGAUCUGGACUUCAAAAACAUCUUGGACUAUGUGCAACAAAAGUUUUCAUGUUGUGGUGGGGACGAGUAUAAGGACUGGGGAGUCAACCAGUACCAUUUCUGCAAUGGUACUGGUCCACUAGCCUGUGGGGUUCCAUAUACCUGUUGUGUUCGUGGCAAGGUGGGAGAGGUCAUCAACACUCUAUGUGGUUACCAGACUCUGGAAAAACAGCGUGAAACCCUGCAUGAGUUGAUCCAUGUGCGAGGCUGCAUCCAUGCAGUCAACCUCUGGAUGAGUGACAACAUUGGAGAAACCAUUGCACUCUGCUGCGCCAUUGGGCUGCCUCAGCUGCUGGGCAUCAUCCUCAGCUGCGUCUUCUGGAACCUCCUGGUGGACAUGAGCGAGUCCGCCGACAUGGUGGACUUCAAGCUGAAGAAGGCAGAGGUUAAGUACAGCGAGCUGGACCUGGCCGGAGCUGGGUGGUGCAUGUGCCUGCCGAGGGACGGUGGCUACCUACCCGUCCCCGCCGCCGAGAUCGAACUCGACCCCAUUGACGUUCACCUGGAGAAGCUCAAGAAGCAGCCGCCUCGCACGCACGCUCAGCUCCGGGAAAUGCAGCAGUCCAGAUCGGCCUUGGGGCUGGACGAGGUUGACGUUGGCCGGAAGCAGAAAAGGGAACACUGAAGCUGUCUUUUUGCCUUUUGGGUUUUUUGCCUUUUUUUCUGUCGUUGUAAUCAUUGCAUUUGUUGGAGUCGUGUUGCACUACUUAAUGGUUGAACCUGUCAGGCAUUGGACCAAGAGAAGGUUGGUCAGCUAAAGGGAUCAGAAGUACUUUGGCACUUUGUCGGUGAAUUUGUUUACAGCAAAAAUUGACGGAACAACAUGCAACACUGACUUUUUUUGAAAAAGAAAAAAAAUCUUUUGUCUUGUUUGUGUCAGUUGAUAUUGAAGGAUUUAUGGCAUUAUAUCACUUUUUAUUUAUUUCUUUUUUUUUGGCCUUUAAAAUUGAGCUAUGUCUCAUGUGCUAAAGCUUACCUCAGGCUGUUUUGAAAAUAGCCCAGUAGUCGGAGCACAGUACUAUGUGGUGUAUAAAUUAAUGGUAGCUUGAAAAGACGUUUUUCGGUGUCGGAGAAAUAGGAAUAGCCAAGUAUGUCUUGCGUGUAGCGUCUGUGACGGAUGUAUAAAGUUUGUGUAUUAUUUCAUUUUAUUAUGAUUUUAAAGUUGACUUUGUACAAUCGGUGUACAUUGUAAGACUGAUAGUUGUGGAAUAACAUGGGAUGCAUGUUUUGUAC